UGCGCAAAAUGGACACACAACUGGUGUGGGCACGCGAUGCCGUCGAAGGCUAUAUACAGUGUCGCAUCUCAGAAAUCGGUGCUAAGGAUUUCGAGGUUACACCAAUUGAUCGAAAAUAUCCGAAACGCUCUUGUCAUGUCGAUGAUAUAUUUUCGUCGUGCGACGGACCGCAAGAUCAUGAUGAUAAUUGUGAACUUAUGCUGCUGAAUGAAGCAACGUUUUUGGAUAAUUUAAAAACGCGUUAUUAUAAAGAUAAAAUUUAUACUUAUGUGGCCAAUAUACUCAUUGCUGUGAAUCCAUAUCGUGAAAUCACUGAUCUCUACUCUUCAGCUACAAUUAAAACGUAUACUGGACGUUCCUUGGGCGAACUGCCGCCACAUGUGUUUGCUAUAGCUGAUAAGGCUAUACGUGAUAUGCGCGUACUCAAAUCGUCACAAUCUAUUAUCGUAUCUGGCGAAUCGGGUGCUGGCAAAACAGAAUCUACCAAGUAUUUGCUUAAAUAUUUAUGUCAUUCCAGCGAUAGUGCCGGUCCCAUUGAACAGAAAAUUUUAGAUGCCAAUCCCGUGCUUGAGGCUUUUGGUAAUGCAAAAACUACGCGUAACAACAAUUCCUCCCGUUUCGGCAAAUUCAUUGAAGUGCACUAUGAUGCCAAGUGCCAAGUGGUUGGCGGUUACAUAUCACACUAUCUGCUGGAGAAGAGUCGUAUUUGUACGCAAAGUUCUGAGGAGCGCAACUAUCAUGUAUUCUUUAUGUUGCUAGCAGGUGCACCACAACAGCUGCGUGAUAAGCUGAAUCUUGGUAAACCAGAUGAUUAUCGGUAUCUCUCUGGCUGUACGCAGUAUUUUGCCAACGCGAAGACAGAGCAACUUAUUCCGGCUGCUCAAAAGUCCAAGAGUCAUGUGAAAAAGGGUCCCCUGAAGGAUCCCAUUAUCGAUGAUUAUAAUCAUUUUCAAAAUCUCGAUCGUGCACUGGGUCGAUUGGGUUUGAGUGAAAUAAAUAAACUGGAAAUUUAUUCAUUGGUGGCUGCCGUAUUACAUUUGGGUAAUAUUUCGUUUGAAGAGAUACCAGAUGACGCACGAGGUGGUUGUCAAGUGUCAGAGUCUUCUGAAAAAUCUCUCACCAUCACAUCGAAAUUGCUGGGUGUUGAUCCAUCGGAACUCAGACAGGCACUGGUGUCGCGUGUAAUGCAAAGCAAAGGUGGCGGUUUCAAGGGCACAGUAAUAAUGGUGCCCUUGAAAAUUUAUGAGGCCAGCAAUGCGCGCGAUGCGCUUGCCAAGGCCAUCUACAGCCGCCUUUUUGAUCGUAUUGUGGCGCUGAUUAAUCAAAGCAUCCCCUUCCAAGUCUCAAAUUUCUAUAUUGGCGUCUUGGAUAUUGCCGGUUUCGAGUACUUCACUGUGAAUUCGUUUGAGCAAUUUUGCAUUAAUUACUGCAAUGAGAAAUUGCAAAAAUUCUUCAAUGACAACAUUCUUAAGAACGAGCAAGAGCUGUACAAAAGUGAGGGAUUGAAUGUGCCGGAAAUCACAUUCACCGAUAAUCAGGAUAUUAUCGAUUUAAUUGAAGCGAAGGCAAACGGUAUUUAUACUCUAUUGGAUGAGGAGUCGAAGUUGCCAAAGCCAUCGGCACAACACUUCACGGCCGAAGUGCACAAGGCGUGGUCAAACCAUUUCCGCUUGGGCUUGCCGCGUUCAUCGCGCUUGAAGGCUCAUCGCACGCUAAGAGAUGAGGAUGGUUUUCUUGUGCGUCACUUUGCCGGCGCUGUCUGUUACAAUACGGAACAAUUUAUAGAGAAAAACAAUGAUGCAUUGCAUGCUUCCUUGGAGGGUUUGGUGCAGGAGUGUGAAAAUCCGUUGCUGAAAACACUAUUUCCUUCCGGUAGUAACACCGCGUUGCGCGGCAAAUUGAAUUUCAUUUCUGUGGGCUCGAAAUUCAAAAGCCAACUGGCUGAGUUGAUGGAGAAAUUGGAGAAGAAUGGCACUAAUUUUAUACGCUGCAUUAAGCCUAACAGCAAAAUGAUAGAUCGUGAUUUCGAGGGUGGGCUAGCACUUGCACAACUUAAAUGCUCUGGCACUAUUUCCGUGCUGGAGCUUAUGGAGCAUGGUUAUCCAUCACGUGUGCCAUUCGCCGAUCUCUACAAUAUGUAUAAAUCGGUCCUGCCACCCGAAUUGGUCAAAUUACCACCGCGCACUUUCUGCGAAGCUAUGUUACAAUCGCUUAAUCUUAGCUCAAAGGAUUUCAAGUUUGGCGUGAAGAAAGUUUUCUUCCGCCCUGGCAAGUUCGUUGAAUUCGAUCGUAUUAUGAAAUCAGAUCCCGAGAAUCUUUUAGCCAUUGUCUCUAAGGUGAAAAAGUGGUUAAUACGUUCGCGGUGGGUGAAAUCUAUUUUGGGUGCGGUGUGUGUGAUCAAAUUACGCAAUCGCAUCAAGUAUCGAAACAAUUGUGUUUUACUCAUACAACGCACUGUGCGUGGUUAUUUGGCGCGAAAACAACAUCGCCCACGUUACCAAGGCAUUGCAAAGAUAAACAAAGUGCGUUUGAAUGCACAAAAGACCAUUGAAAUCGCUGGUGGGCUGAAGAAGGGUCGCGAUGAGUUUAUCAGCGAAGUAAAUGGUAUACAUCGUCAAGUGAACGAAGCCAUACAAACAAUAAAGACAAAUGAGAAAAUCACUUCUCGCCAAAUCGACGGACUCUAUACUAGCGUCAUGGCCAACAUGAAUAAGCUGACCGUGGAUUUGAACACAAAGUUGAAGGAACAAAAGCAAGCUGAGGAACAAGAACGUCUGCGUAAAAUACAAGAAGCGCUCGAGGCUGAACGACGCGCUAAGGAAGAGGAAGAGCGAAAGAAACUUGAAGAAGAAGAUAACAAACGACUCAAAGCCGAAAUGGAAUCACGCCGAAAAGUGGAAGAGGUGCAACGUCUAAAGCAAGAGGAGGAGGAUCGUAAGGCGGCGUUAGCGUUACAGGCACAACUUGAGAAGGAAGCACAAGACGAUGCCAAGUAUAGACAGCAGUUGGAACAAGAGCGUCGUGACCAUGAGCUUGCUUUGCGUUUGGCCAACGAAACAAAUGGCAUGGUGGAAGAGAGUCCACCAGUUAUACGCAAUGGUCAAAAUGAUGUAUCUCCCAUGGCUCCGAACAAACUUAUCAGGUACACAAUCGCACGCUAUUUUUUGUUAUGUGUUAUUAUAUUUUCGAACUAAUAAACAAAAUUAUUUAUCUAGCAAAUAUCUUUAUUAUACUAGUUACAUAAAGUUGUCCACAAAAUAAUAGAA